AUUAAAUUGUUUUGUUUUGUUUUCAUUGCGUUUCGUUCCAUUCAUAUGUUUUGGAUUGUUUUUGCGAAACAUUUUAGCCGGGUAAAAUUGUUUGUUCUGCUAUCGAGAUAAUGUAAAUCAUAGCCUGUGUUCUAGCAAUUCAAAACUUUCUUCAAGUUUGUUCCGAAAGAAAUAAAAGUAGCCGAAUCGGCUAUUUUAUUUGAGAAUUUUUUUUUAUUUUAAAAUCAAAAAAAAAAUCGUUCAUAAGAAUGGCAAUUUAUCAUCAUCAUCAUCAUGUUCGAUCCAUGUGGCAAAUAUUAAUCAACAAAAGUGGAUGUUUUCGAAACGGCCAUCCACAUCGCUCAUUAUCAACGAUCACCACCAAACUACCAUUACCAUUCAAAUGUUGGUCCAAACAUCCGAAUUCAUUAGCUUCAUUGGAUGGGCUAUUUUAUGACCAUCAUGAUUAUCAUCAUCGACAUUCAAAGCGAACCUUAUUUACUAGUGGGAUGCCAUUAUCAUCACAACAGCAACAGCUCGAUACUGAUCAGCAACAACAUUCGGGCAGUAGAAAGAUUGAUCCAUUCAAAUUAGCUCAGAAUGAUCUUGAUAACCUAUAUACAGAUAUUAAGGAAGAAUUAAAGAAUGAAAUGCCCGAAUUGGAGCAAAUAUCUACAUAUUAUUUCGAUGGCCAAGGCAAAGCGAUACGACCAUUAAUAGUUAUAUUGAUUGCACGUGCGAUAAACUUUCACAUGACUGGUAAUUCUGAUUUGCUCAAUUCACAAAAACGAGUUGCCCUUAUUAUCGAAAUGAUACACACUGCCAGCCUAAUACACGACGAUGUUAUCGAUUCGGCAGAUACUCGUCGUGGUAAGCCAUCGGUCAAUGUACUGUGGGGUCAAAAGAAAUCAAUUUUUGCUGGCGAUUUUGUCAUAUCAAAGGGUUCACAAAUGUUGGCUCGUCUGAAUAAUCCUAAUGUUAUAUCGACACUAUCUGAGGCAAUUGUCGACCUAGUUUUGGGUGAAUUCAUGCAAAUGGGAUCAAAAAAAGAAGAAAAGGAACGUUUCUCGCAUUACAUACAGAAAACGUUCAAAAAGACUGCCAGUCUUAUUGCUUACACCUGUAAAGCAGUGACCUAUCUGGCUACUGCCGAUGAUGAACUACAGAAAGCAGCUUUUGAAUAUGGCAAGAAUCUUGGCAUUGCAUUCCAAUUGGUUGACGACAUGCUAGAUUUUGUAUCUAGCCAAGCAGAAUUAGGGAAACCUGCCGCUAAUGAUCUGAAACUUGGUCUAGCUACAGCUCCAGUUUUAUUUGCAUGUGAAAAAUUUCCCGAACUAAAUGAAAUGAUUAUACGUCGAUUUUCCGAACCUGGUGAUGUAGAAAAAACAUACGAUGCUGUAAUGAAGAGUGAUGGUCUAAAUCAUACAAGAAUGUUGGCACAGCAACAUGCCGAUGAAGCAGCACGACACAUUUCCAACCUAAGAGAUACUCCAGAAAAACAGGCAUUACUGACUUUGUGCGAUAUGGUUCUCAACCGUAAAAAAUAGAAACUCUAAUUGCAGUUACAAUGAUCAAAUGAUUUAAUUCGCCAGACCAAAAAAAA